CCGUUGCUGUGGAGCCAGGUCUGCGUGCCCACAGGGCUUGAGGUGUGCGAGCCGGAUGUCAGUAUGCCGCAGGGAGGGGCCUUGCAGGGGUUGGGGGUGAGGCUGACCCACUGUUCAGCAAGCUGGUUUGUCACACAGCGUAACUGUCUGGUUUACUUAACUGAGGAUUUUGCGUGCUAAUCGAAUUCUGUGUUAUUCCAGUAAGGCACGGAACACUGCAAGGCGUAAUCCUCCACAGGUUUGUUGUGCCUACCAGCAAAGUCAGUUUGCCUCUUUGUGUUUUUAUACCCUGGCGUGUUUUACUGAGUGCUCUGUUAAGCCUCGUAAAAUGCCAUUGUAACAAAAAUAAUACAGUAUUGGUAUUUUUUGUUUGGAUGACAAAUAUAUUCCCCAGCCCUUCAUAUCCUGCUAAAGAUAAUACAUACUUCUUCAUCAAUUUAUAAACCUACUAGUCCUAACGUAUAUUCGCUUCUAGUCUGAAAUACCAAGUAUUUUUAUAUAAGCCACUUUGGUUUUCGUUACAUUUUGUGCAGACCCAUUUCAGGAAAAAAGCCUUAAUCAUUCAACUCAGUGUUUGGCAGCUGCUCUUAAGCGCUCAGAACCAUUCCAGCUCCCACGGCGGCAGGUUAGCUGCUGGGCCCUCGCUCUGCUGUUUGCUGAGCAGGGUGUCAGAGCUCUGACUUGUGCUGAAACCCUCACUUUGCUGCGAAAUUCCUGCUGGCAUGGUGGGGUGGAGCUCAGAGAGGAGAUGAGUCUGGCAGCUCCAGCCCUGCCGUCUGCUCUUCCGCUGGCACUGGUUGAAGAAUUGUGGCGGGUCCAGCAGAAGUGGAAAUGUUUGUUUUUGGAGACGUACUGAGCAGAGGAAAUGCAAUCUAUCUAACUUGGACCUGAGAAGUUGGCAGUAUGUUUAAAAUGUCCAAUGUAUAAAAUGGGGCUAAAUGCUUCACGUAUUUUAGCGUAGCGAAAUACACAGUGAAUUCUAGAAGAGUUAUUAACUGCAUGCUGUGAGCAUAGCUCAUGUAACAGAGCCCUUCCUUACUGUCAUUUAAAGGUUGAAAUAGAAGGAUCUUUGUUUAGUAAUGACAUUAGUUUUGGUAUUCAGUGUUUUCUGCUGUCCAGAUUCAGCAGAAGAAAAAAAAUCAAAUUAAAUGUGAGAAGCUGAAGAGAAGCUUGUGACACAGCUGAGAUCGUACCAGGCUUGGGAAAUGGUUGAAUUCUCCUGCUGUGAGAAUGCGUAUGCUAGAAUUAUACUAAAUAAACGUACGUUUUAUUUGUUUUAAAACAAUUAGGGGGGUAUAUUAAUUCAUUACAUCUCUGGUUUUACAAUUCAAUGUAUGUCUUGCUUGAAACAUGCAAGCUGACUACUGACAUGCUAGUAGUUUCUUUGGAUAGCUGAAUAUUAGUAGGGGCUUGAUUCAAACUGUGGCAGUAAAUGAUCUGACUGUUACAUUUACCUUAGGAUCCAUUACGAGUAAAAGUUGUGUUUUAAAAACCUGCAUGUUUAUAGAAAUCUGUUUGAUGUAUUGCUAAGAACUCUCAAGGGAAGGUUUCCAAGAUACUUAGAUAAAAUCUUGUCUGUUUAAAUAAAGGGCAUUUGAAAGGGGUCUUAGGCUAUCGGUUUUGGAAUUGAUUUGCUUACAGACUAGAAGAGGUAGCUGGAGAUGAACCUUCCAAAAACCUUCUGUGGAAAAGAAGUCCUCUUUCAACAUCACUGAAAACACAGCACCAGGUUAAGGCUCUGAAGCAUUGGUCUUUCUUUAGCCAGAGCAUCUAUUAAUAUAGCUCUGCUUGUCUUAAAGAGGGAGGUCUAUAGGGCUCUAAACUGAGUGACUGGGAGGGAGGGGAUUUAGGACUAACAGGUGGUCUCGAGACGCGCUGGCUGAGGCUGAGCUCAGAGCUGGCGUGCUGUGUGCGGCGUUUGUGGGCUUUCCUCUCUCAGUCUGGGUAUGUGCUCCUGCUCUGCCUGAUGUAGCCGUGGAGCCCUUUCAGACAUGGCAAUAAGAAGCGACUUCAGCAAAACCAUCAGAAGGAUAGCACGUUUCUUUUACCGGUUUCCCAAAUCAUUGGGCAGCUCGAGGAGGAGGACAGUAAAACUUCUUUGGAAGUCUACUGAUUGCAAAUACACAUGCCACGCUCACUGCCGAGACCUGGUGCACCUGGGCUGCCGGCGGAAUGGGAAAUUAAUGGACUGCCUCACUGCACAUGGCACCUUACACGGAUCUGACAGCGAUGGUCAGGAUGUUCAGAAGGAGACCGAACCUCAUGUUUAUCUCAGUAAAGAAGAAGUUAAAGAGAAGAUACAAAGCUACAACUCAUCUGUCACUGAUAAAUUGAAGAUGACCUUGAACUCAAAUGGGAUUUACACUGGCUUCAUCAAAGUUCAGAUGGAACUAUGCAGACCGAUCACUGUGCAGUCUUCUCCCGGCCAGGGACCGUGUGCUCACAGCAAUAACGAAACUGCUUUUUACCUGCCGAACGACUGUGUGAAUACACUUCACAUCAGCAGCACCAAUACUGUCCGUGAAGUUAUUGAGGCCUUGCUCAAAAAGUUUUUUGUUGCUGACAACCCCGCAAAGUUUGCACUUUACAAACGCUGUCACAAGGAAGACCAAGUUUAUAUAUGCAAGCUGUCCGACCGAGAACAUCCCCUCUACCUGCGUUUGGUGGCAGGCCCCAGGACAGAAAUGCUCAGUUUUGUUCUACGUGAGCACGAGACUGGAGAGGUCAUGUGGGAAGCUUUUAGCCUUCCUGAACUGCAAAACUUCUUGCGCAUACUGGACAAAGAGGAAAACGAGCAACUGCAAAUCCUAAAGAAGCGUUACGCAGCUUACAGGGACAAACUUGAAGAAGCCCUUGGAGGGGUGUGGAAACCUGGUUAAAAGGGGGCCAAAGCACACUCAGGAAAAAUGCACACAACCAAAUGUCAGUAUAGCAUGCCAAACCCAAAGUACAAAAGAGCAGUAAAGAGUAGUUUUCUUUAUUCAGAAGACUGUUUUGUGAUGCUAGGGUACCUGAAUUUUGCUAUAGACUUAGUUCCAUAAGCCAGGUCACUUAGCAUCUCGCACCCACAAGUGUAAGGGAUUCUGCAUGUUUGUACAUCAGUUUGCAACCCUCUGUGUGCCUAGAGAGUUUUCCAAGUAAUCUUGGUGCAAGCUGUGAAACUGUAAUCAAAUUACUAGGAUGCUAUGAAAUAAGAUUAUUUUUUUUUUUCUUCUUUGCUUUAAUGGUAGCUUUACAAGUAAGGAGGUGCAAAUUGAUUGGUUUAAAAAAAAUGAAUAAAUCUAUCUGGAAAAUAAUCAGUUGGAGCACUAUCUUUGAGAUGAAAUUGAUUUGCACUACCUUUCUGUUUUCAAAUAGUUACUGUAUAAUUUGUGAGAGAACUGUUAUAGAUGGAAGGCAUAUGAGACCUUACGUUUUGUUCUGUGAAAUUUGUGGAAGGCUUUCAGUUGGUCUUCCCAGAGAAGGUAAGGAGAAAGUUGAAGAGAGGGUUAGAGUUGGGGCAGGAAAAGUGUAAUAGCUGAUGGAGAAGGACUGGUUUUAAAUAGAAAUAGUAUUUAUACAGAGGAAAGUUAAAAUACUAAUUCUACAAGAGUAAAGUUUUAGGAUGUUGUAAUAUUGUGAUUAAGUUUUUAGGGCUUUUUAAUUGCAUAAAUCCACACUGGAAAAUAUUGGGAAGGAAAAAGAGGCAGAAGCUGAAUAAGAAUGGGAGUGGAGCUGCACGUAGAGGUCACAAUUGGAGAAGCUAGUUCCGUAAAUGUGUAACGGGGGGUUGGAAAGUGCAGCAAAGCUAGCCAAGUGGCUGCUUACUUGAAUUCUGAAACGUGGAUGUUAUCUAAGAUAAAACUCUGUGAGAAAUACACAUCUAGUGAGUGUUUAGGAUCCAAGCUAUAACUACAUAACUACAGAUGCAUUUGGUCUUUAUUGCAAGUCAGAGCUUUCCUCUGGCUCAGCAAUCCAUUUUUAGGCUGGAUAAUUUGGAAUUGUCGUAUCUGAAAGACAAAAAUAGCUUCAUCUGCUUCCUCAUCUGUUAAAGGCUCGGUCAGGCAAAGGAAGUAGAGUUUCUUAUUCACGUUUCCAGCGUAAAGAAAAUUAAAUUAUAUUGACUGUUGGUGACCGGGCUUAGCAGCUCUUGCUUUUAGUAAUUCAGAGAUUUUCUCCCUCGUAUUUUUUAAAUCCUCAAUUGAACACCUGAUCACCAAAUUCUGUGGACUGCUGAUUUACUUGAUUUAAAUGUAGGAAAAAUGUAGCAAGAAAACAUUCUACUUUAUUGUAAAUAAAAUUGUGGUUCUUUCAGAGUUAUUUAUCUAAAAAGCACGCUGGAAAGAAACCAAAGAAGUGGGAGUGCAAUAGAGGCAUGAGGCAGGUCGGGUAACCCAUACUUCAGUCAUUACCACGCCAGAGAGGAAAUGAGCUAUAUGUAGUGGAGGAGAGGCGGGGGAGGUGCUAUAGGCUGAGGAACUGCAGAAGUUGAUGUUGUGUUGCGUUGCGUUGCGUUGGGGUGGGUUUUUUUCCUCUGCUCCCAGGAUGUUCAUUUUGAGUUCGCAAGGAAUUGUUAGAACUUUGGCGACAUCUAAUGGAUACCGUGUGAAACUCCACGAUGCUUCUGGUCAUCACCUUAAUUUGAUGUAACUGUGCCUUUGUUUCCUUUCCUUAGACUUCUUUUUUAAAGCUCUUCACAGGUGUUUUUUGGUAAAAAAGAAUUUGACAAUCAAUAAUGUUUUAAAGUGUUAAGAGAAACUAAAAGUAGGACUAACUAUAAAGUAUCUAUAUGGCAUAUCUUGUUUGUUUGUUAAUUUCACAUGUAACAUUGUAGUGCAUGUGUGAGUUAGUAACAUUAUCCUCAAGUGAGACACUUUAUAAUGGUUCAGGGAAUGCUUUUCUGUUUUGUUACGGUUUGUUUUUUCUAUGAAGCAGCAGCAUGUCCAUGGGUAUUCUGUUAACAUCUACUUAUUUAUAUGCCUGCCCGUAUCGAUGUAAUCUUGACAUAAUCGCUGUUAAUGUUGAACCAUUUGUUGCUCAGAUUUAAACACUGUUUGAGUCUAAAAGCGGAGCGUAAAAAUAUGUGAAUUUUGUUUUUACUUGAACUGAACUAUCAGUCUUUUAAGUGGGCACAUCUGCAUUUACUUCAGCCAAAAACCUCAAUCAGUGUUGUAUGCACUAUGAGUUUUGAAUUGGGGGAGAAGGGGCGAGAACCAAAACAGCUUACUAUAUUUUAAUUUUGUCUUAGUUAGUCCAUGGUUAAUUAUUGUAAGAUGUCAUGUGUGGGGUUAAUUAUUAUUAAUUAUUAUUAUUUUUUACACACUGGCAAUUACAACGGCUUUAAUUUAAAGAAAAGCAAUGGUCAUCCCUGGCCACCUUUUCUCUUUUUAAUUUUAGCAUCAAAUUAAAACUGUCAAAGCUUUUGUUGCA